AUGUCUUUGCUCAAACAUUCUCCCUUAUUUUCACCUUACAUCUUUGCAUGGGGACACUACAAUAGCAAAAGCUAUCGGACAUGUUGUCUCAAGGAUGCCAUUGAUCUCGGAGUUCCGAGUGUAACACUUGGUUUUCUAACUGAAGACAGAUAUGAAGAGGUCUUGGAAUGGAAGGAAGACAUUGAUGCACAUAAGUCUAAAAUCAACGUUAUACUUAGUAUCGGAGGGGCAACGGGAAUUUUCCCGAGUCCGCAUUUGAGUGCCGAAGAUGAAGCAGUUAAAUUAGAAAGAUUGCUUUGUCAAUUGGACAUCCAUAUGAUAGAUUUGGAUAUUGAAGGAGAAAUCCUUACCUCCAGAGAAAAGGUAUGCAGAUGGAUCAAGGUUAUUCAGUUAUUGACCAAGAAAAGACAGCUGUGGAUUUCGUUAACUUUACCGGUUGAAUUUGAAGGAGGUUUAAGCUCUGAUGCUCUGAUUGCAAUAAAGUCUUUCGAGGAGGCCAACGUGAAGAUCAGCUUAAUAAACUUGAUGUUAAUGGAUUUUUACACUUCGUUGGAUGCACCAACAUGGGGUGACAAACAUUUAGAAAUUCUUGGUGUCGUUUAUAAGCAGUUAAAGCAAUUUCGACAUUUGACUAAUGGUAGUGAUGAUCUUUGGAAAAAAAUCGGAAUUUGUCCAAUGAUUGGAGAAAAUGAUGAUGGCUCCAAGUUCACCGUAGACGAUUUCGAUAAGGUUCUUCGGUUUGCCAAGAUGAAAAAUAUUGGCUUGGUGACUUUUUGGGCAAUAAAUAGAGAUCAAAAAACGCACUUUCUUAAGUCUGCUAGUGUCGAUACCCAUUCGAAGUGCCAGAAUACAGACUCUGCAUAUACGAGCAAAGCCGUUGAAAUAUUAAAAUGA